AUGCCCGGCUCCAUGUACCAGCCCGAGCCCGGGCAGCCGGCCCGCGGCCCGCCGCGCUGCCUCACCCUGCUCAGCCCGCCGCCGCCCGCCGGGCAGGAGCCGCCGCCGGAGCCCGAGCCCGGCCGGGAGCGGGAGGGGCCGCCGGGGCCGCCGGCGCAGGGCGAAGCCGCCGCGCUGAGGUUCGCCCUGGACCAGCUCUCGCUGCUGGGGCUGGAGGGCGCGGAGGAGCCGGCGGGCGGCGCGGGGCCGGGCGGCCUAAGGGAGCGGGAGCGCGGCGGCGGCGGCUCCCCGGUGCCGGCCCCCGCCCCGGCCGCGGGCGCCUUCGGCAGCCUGGCCCCGCCGCUGGGGCCGCCCGCGCUGCUGCCCGAGCCGCCGGCGAGCAGGAAGAAGAGCGUGAACAUGACCGAGUGCGUGCCCGUGCCCAGCUCCGAGCACGUCGCCGAGAUCGUGGGCCGGCAAGGCUGCAAAAUCAAAGCCCUGCGUGCCAAGACCAACACGUACAUCAAGACACCGGUCAGGGGUGAGGAGCCCGUGUUCAUCGUCACGGGCAGGAAGGAGGACGUGGAGAUGGCCAAGCGCGAGAUCCUCUCGGCCGCCGAGCACUUCUCCAUGAUCCGGGCCACGCGCAACAAAGUCAACGGGCUGACGGGGGCCUUGCAGGGGCCCCCCAACCUGCCGGGCCAGACCACCAUCCAGGUGAGGGUCCCCUACCGCGUGGUGGGGCUGGUGGUGGGACCCAAGGGCGCCACCAUCAAGCGCAUCCAGCAGCAGACGCACACGUACAUCGUGACGCCCAGCCGGGACAAGGAGCCCGUGUUCGAGGUGACGGGCAUGCCCGAGAACGUGGACCGGGCGCGCGAGGAGAUCGAGGCGCACAUCACCAUGAGGACAGGCUCCUUCAUCGACGUCAACGCCGACAACGACUUCCACUCCAACGGCACCGACGUCUGCCUGGAGCUGCAGGGCGGCGCGGCCGCCCCGUGGGCCAAGGCCCCGCACCCGGCCCAGCGCCCGCCGGCCGCGCUGCGCAACGACAGCCUGAGCUCGCUGGGCAGCGGCUCCACCGAGUCCUUCUACAGCGGGCGCGUGGCGGCCGCCAGCCCCACCAGCCCCUACAGCACCUUCAGCGAGCCCCCGGCCCCGCUGGGCUCCGACGAGUGCGACUUUGGCUUCGACUUCCUGGCCCUCGACCUCACCACGCCCACCACCACCAUCUGGUCGCCCUUCGAGCGCUCGGGCAACCCCCUGCAGGCCUUCAGCAGCUGCUCCUCCAUCAACAGCUCGCAGAGACGCAACAGCGGCCCGGCCACGCCGCGCCACUCGCCCACGCUGCCCGAGAGCGGGGCGGCGGGGCUGGAGCACCCCUCGGCGCGGCGCAUCCCCAGCGACCCCGCCGGCGCGCUGGCCUGGCUGCCCGCGCAGGGCUCGCUCUCCUCCUUCUCCAACAGCACCGGCUACUCCUCCUCCUCCUCGCUGCCCGGCAGCAUCUCGGCCGCCUCGGGCUCGCCCACCGACUCGAGCAGCUCGGACGGGCACCGCAAGAGCUCGCGGGAGUGCAUGGUGUGCCUGGAGAGCGAGGUGAUGGCCGCGCUGGUGCCCUGCGGCCACAACCUGUUCUGCAUGGAGUGCGCCCUGCGCAUCUGCGGCCGGGCGCAGCCGCAGUGCCCCGCGUGCCACGUGCCCGCCACCCAAGCCAUCCACAUCUUCUCCUAGCGCGGGGGCUCGCCCGGGGCGCCCCCUCCACCCCAACACCACGGCGUUUUAAGGACUUUCUACUGUUGAAAUCGAGCUUUUUAUUUAAUACCAGAUGCGAUGG